AUGGCGUACGGACGUGGAGGCGCAGGAAACUAUUACGCUGCUCAACAGGAGAGUAAAAAGGCUGCUGAAGACGUCGAGGCCAACAGCGCCAGUACCACUACACAAACGUCGCAGUCCCCAGCAUCAGCAGUCCCCUCCAACGCAUCGCAAGACUAUGCGCACAUGGGCCGUGGCGGCUCAGGCAACUGGUAUCAACCCAAGGAGUUGCAAAAAGAAGGCACCUUCACUCAAGCUGUGGACGCGACCGCCAUACCCACGUCUUCCAAACCACAGGUCAGCACGCCAUGGCAUCCCGAGGGCCAGGAACUGCCUGUCGCGAGGAGCGGACGAGGCGGCGCAGGCAACUUUGUGUGGAAAAGCGAGGAGCAGGAGAGGAAGGCGAGGGAAGACGAGGAAAAAAAGAAGGAGGAGUUGAGGGUGGAGGCUGAGAGGAGUGUGGAGGCUGGGUUGGCGAAACCGCCUGGUGCGUUGCUUGGGAGAAGUACGAAGGAGGUGUGA